GCUUUAGAAAAAAUAUGUCGAGAGAGAAUUUGCUAAUAAUAGGCGCCACUAAUUCCGGUAAAUCCGCAUUAGCUAAUGUAAUAUGUGAGAAUGAACAUUUCGAAGAAAAUGAACGCACAGUUAGGAACUCAAAAGAUUUCCAAGAAUAUGAUAUCAAUUGGAAGGGUAAAAUAUAUCAUGUGGUUGAUAUUAAAAUUAAGUUAGUUGAAAGAGAGAUUUUAAAUAAAAUAGGACAAGUAAUCUGUUCAAUGCCGGAAGGGAUAAGCCAAAUUUUAUUUGUAGUUGACCAAAGACUAACGGCAGAAGAAAUAGAAAAACUUAGUGGAAUUGAAGAAGAAAUUUUAAAAAUCAAAAUUUACAAAAAUAUUACUAUUGUGAGAACUAAAUUUAAAGACUUUAAAAGUAAAGAAGAGUGUAAAAAAGACGAGGAAGAUUUGCGUAGUUUAAACAAAAAAAUCUUUAAAAAAUUAUUUAACAAACCCCGCAUGUACAUCGUCCACGUAGACAAUCCACCAACACAUAUUUAUGUUGGUGAUAGUGAUGAUGAUGGUACAAUAAGAAACAAUAGUAGAAGAAGAGAAAAGUCAAGAACUAUACUCCUAGAACAUUUGAAUAAAGUAUGUUCAAAAAAAUACAAAUUAAGUAUGUGGGAUAAGUUGUAUGAGUCUGAUAAGUCAAAAAAUAAUUUAGAGGAACGAGUGAAAUCACAUUUAAAAUCAUAUGAUCCACUAGUUGCUAAGAUUAUAAGGAAACUAGAUAGUGAUAUUUAAAUUCCUCUAGCUUCAAUAGAUGAAAAGUCAUAUUGAAGUCAGAACUAAUAACAGACAAUAACUAAAUAAUAAAAAAUUCAGAAAUUCUAUUUAUAAAAUAUGUCAUUCUAUACGCAUGGCAAAAAAUUUUAUUCCCAUAUCACCGCAUUAUUUUAUUGUUUAAUUCAUAUAUUUAGUUUUACACUUAUGAAAUCUAAAAUCCCCGUUUAAUAUAUAUACUUUAGAAAAAAAAAAAA